GGCUGGGAAGAGGAGGAGGAGGACGAGGAAGAGGAGGGGUGGCUUCUCCGGCUGCAUCGAGCGGUUCCUCUGCCUAGGCUGCUGCCCCCCUGGAAGCGAGGACACCGCCGCCGCCGGGCACUACCCCCUUGCCUGCCUGCCUUCCUUCCUUCCUCCCUCCCUCCCUCCGCCGAAGAGUUUCCUUUGUAUUUCUGGAGGGCUUUGCCAUGCACCAGGAUCCGGCGGCAGCAGCAACGGCCAGCGGCAGGAGGAACUUUACCAGCCGGAGCCGAAUGGCUGAGAAGGGGGCGAUUUAAGAGCGAAGUCCGCUUUCCCCUCCUGCCCGACGAGGCGGCGGCGGCUGCAGCAGCGAGGAGGGAGGCAGCCAGCCAGCCAGCGCGGGCGGGGUGGGGGAUCACCCGGCCCCCCUGAGACGGGGCGCUCAGCCCGGAUGCCGGCGCCCCUGCUGCCCUCGGCGGGAGAAGUGCGAGGGUCUCCUCCCUCCGCUGGGGCGCCGCCAGCCGGCGCGUAAAGCUCCUCUGCAGAAGCCCAUCCGAGGCGAGCACUUGGGCGAACUUCCCUCGGACUCUCCCCUCUCCCGCCGUCGGAGUGCACGGCCCGCUGGCCUCCCUGCCCGUGAUUAUUUCCGUGCAAUUCGGAGGUGGGGUGCUGCUUCGUCGUCUAUUUAAAUAUAUACACGCGCGCGCGCACAGAGAAACUAUUUUGGGCCAGGAUCAUGGCGAUGAAAGGGACUGCCGCCAACACCGGGAUCUUGCUCGUGACGGCCAACGUGGGAUCCUUGUUUGACGAUCCAGAAAAUUUACAGAAGAAUUGGCUUCGGGAAUUUUAUCAGGUUGUACAUACACACAAACCGCACUUCAUGGCGUUGCACUGUCAAGAGUUUGGUGGGAAAAACUAUGAAGCAUCCAUGUCUCAUGUGGACAAGUUUGUUAAAGAACUGUUAUCGAGCGAUGCAAUGAAAGACUACAACAGAGCCCGGGUUUACCUAGAUGAGAACUUCAAGUCGCAGGAGCAGUUUACGGCACUGGGAAGCUUUUACUUUCUACAUGAAUCCUUGAAAAACAUUUAUCAAUUUGAUUUUAAAGCUAAGAAGUACAAAAAAGUUACGGGGAAGGAAAUCUACUCAGAUACAUUAGAAAGUACACCUAUGCUGGAAAAAGAAAAGUUCCCACAGGACUAUUUCCCUGAGUGUAAGUGGUCCAGAAAAGGCUUCAUACGAACUAGAUGGUGUAUUACUGACUGUGCCUUUGACUUGGUAAACAUCCAUCUUUUCCACGAUGCUUCCAAUUUAGUUGCUUGGGAAACAAGUCCGUCGGUUUACUCAGGAAUAAGGCAUAAGGCCCUCAGUUAUGUACUUGACAGAAUUAUAGAUCAGCGGUUUGAGAGAGUUUCAUAUUUUGUCUUUGGAGAUUUCAACUUUCGACUGGAUGCAAAGUCAGUGGUAGAGACACUUUGUGCAAAGGCUACAAUGCAGACGGUCCGGGCUGCCGACACUAAUGAAGUAGUCAAGCUUAUAUUCCGUGAAUCCGAUAAUGACCGAAAGGUAGUAUCCAAUGGUGUCCCUCACCCUGAAGGAAGGCUUUUUGAUCCAGUGGAGGCUUCUGUUAUGCUACAAUUAGAAAAGAAACUCUUUGACUAUUUUAAUCAAGAUGUUUUUAGAGAUAACAAUGGCACUGCGCUUUUGGAAUUUGACAAAGAGCUGUCAGUCUUUAAAGACAAAUUAUAUGAACUGGACAUUUCGUUUCCUCCCAGCUAUCCGUACAGUGAAGAUUGUAGCCAGGGAAUGCAGUAUAUGAACACUAGAUGCCCAGCUUGGUGUGACAGGAUCCUAAUGUCACAUUCUGCCAAAGAGCUGAUUCUAAAGUCAGAAAACGAUGAGAAGCAAGUGGUGUACGACCAUAUUGGACCAAAUGUCUGCAUGGGGGACCACAAGCCCGUGUUCCUGUCCUUCCGAAUAGCCGCGGGGGCAGGUAAACCUAUUGCCAAUGUGCACAAGUGUUGUGUCGUGCAGUGAUGUAGUGGUGGGAAAAGAUGCCUCCGAAACGAGAAGAUCUUUCGAGAAAGCUCCUUGUAGUGAGGAGGAAGAGGAAGGACUUGAGAUGCAUCCCAUCGCUUAUACCGUGACAGCUCUAUUCAUCCACCGGAGUCCAGCGUGCCACGUUAUUGUUUUUAAUGUUAUGGUUAUUAUUUUAUUUUAGGCUGUUGAUCAUACACUAUUUUCUUUGGAGUCUGGGCUUUAGAGCCCCAAGUAAAAAAAGAGAGAGAAACCUCUCAUACCUCACCCUCUCGUAAAUAUUCCUGUGACAUCAAUUGUGGAUUUUGUUUUGUUUUUUUUAUUUUUAUAUGGAGAUGCAUAUAUUAUGCCACAAUCUGGUUGCCAAAACAAAAACAAAAACCUAGUUUGCCGCGAUGUACUGUGUUUUAGACUUCACUCUGCUUCCUUCUUUUUUUAAAAGUCUGUCAAUGUGAAAUUAUAUAUAAUAUAUAUAAUAUUCAACAUUUAGAAACAAACAAUUUUCAUCACCCUUCUCUAGCUUCAAGCAAGGUUGGGAUUUUGUACAUUUGCCUUGUAUAGAAGUCCUGGUGUGUUAUUAUUGUAUGUUAACCAAGAUUUAUGGUCCCUGUGAUUUUUUGAAGUGGGGGGGGGGAGGGUUGCAGGGUGGGGUUUUUUGUUCUGUCCUGGUCAUUUUUAUAGACUUUUUUGUUUUUUGUUUUCUCAUGUUAUUUACUAUACUGCCAUGUUCCAUGGUUUUUUGAAUCACACAACAGCAGCUGCUUUCUAUAAGUGUAUAUAUUUAUAUAUUUGUAUGUGAGUGUGUAUAGAGAUAUAUAUACACAGAUAUAGAAAUAAUAAUUUAUAAUUACAAA